AGAUGCUGCAAUUACUCCAAAGUUUCCCAUUUUCCAUGACGGUGGCCGCCACCAAUCACAGCAAAACCUCUGGCCGGUGCGCCAAUAAAAACCCCAGAUCUCUCCCCAUUGCUUACCCUACUGUGUGUUUGUUUCUGGUUCUGUGUGCGUGAGAGAGAGAGUAAUCUUUUUGACAUGAAGAUUGAAGGAGGAGGCGGUUCAGGGAUGUCGGAGAGUGCCGGAAAUUCCACUAAUUUUGUGCUUCUUUCAGAAGGUUGUGUGUCGUACAUCCUGUCACAUACUUCACCUCGUGAUGCGUGUACAGCGUCUUCAAUUUCUAGGGGGUUCAAGUGUUUUGCCAAUUCUGACGCCGUUUGGGAGCGGUUCUUGCCGUCUGAUUACCAGGAUAUCAUUUCUCGAUCGGUUUCUCCUGUGAUCUAUUCAUCCAAGAAAGAAUUAUACUUCCGUCUCUGUGAUUCUCCCGUCCUUAUUGACGAUGGCAACAUAAGCUUCUCCCUUAAUAAACACAACGGAAAAAAAUGUUUUAUGCUAGGAGCGAAGGCGCUUUCAAUUGCGUGGCAGGAUACUCUAAUUUUCUGGAGAUGGAGAUCUUUGCCUGAAUCGAGAUUUUCAAAGGUAGCCGAGCUUUUAGCGGUAUGUUGGCUUGAAAUUAAAGGCAAAUUCACAACUAAGAUGCUAUCAUCAGAGACAAGUUAUGCAGCAUAUCUUGUGUACAACAUUGGAGCAGUUUCACACGGGCUCGACUUCCCAGCAAAGACAUGGGUUAGACAUAUUGAUGGAAGAGAAGAAGUAGAAGAAGUAGAAGAAGUAGAAGAAGAAGAAGAUGUGGGUGUGAGUGUUGUUUACCUAACGCCACCAAAAACAGGCGAAAGUGUGCAGCAUUCCGUGCAUAGACAUAGGGAAUGCGUAGGCAGGGUCCCACAGAGGCGAGCAGAUGGGUGGAUGGAGAUAGAACUAGGCAAGUUUUACAACGAAAAGAUGGACGGUGAAGUGGAAAUGGGGUUUACAGAGACGCAAGAACUUCUCUGGAAAUCGGGGCUAAUUAUCGAGGGUAUCGAUAUUCGUCCUAUUGCUAAAGACGGGGUGAGGGAGUGAGAAUGAAGUUAUUUGACUAAUUACAAAAUGGCAGAAAGGUUCCAUGGCGUAUUUUGGAAAGGGAGUGUUUCGCAUUGAAGCAUAUAUAUACAUACAUAUACACCAAGAUGGCUAAGGGAUAACUGUACCUCCAUGAAAGUGGGAUGCAUGAUGAGCAUUGGGUUCUAAUAUUGGAGCCAUUUUGUAGCACCAUGUAUCCAACCAACCAGGCCAAUGGUUGGUUGGGUUGUAUCCUUUAAUUUUG